AUGGCUGCUAUUGCUAAUCGUGUUUCAGCUUUCGUACCAAAACUUGCUCUUCCAAUAGCACGUUAUGGUCAAUCAAAAUUGAGCCGUUUUUGGUAUUUUGCUCGUGUUGAAUUGCGUCCACCAAUGCCUAAUGAAUUUGGUCAGAUUCAACAAGGAGUACAACAGAUCGUUAAAUCAGCUUCAACUGGCGCUUGGCGUCAACUAACAGUUAAACAAUUUUCUUUAAAUGCACUUGUCGGUCUUGAAGUGAUGUUUUGGUUCUAUAUUGGUGAAUGUAUUGGCCGUGGUAGUAUUAUUGGUUAUCGACCUGGUCGUAGUGAAGGCAUCCCAGCUCCAUAUAAAUACUUCAUGUGA